CUAAAAUUUGCAUUGGAGGAAUUUUUGAUGCCUUUAGUUUACUAGGAUUUUUAUUGAAAUUAUGGCUUGUAAUUUAAAUGUUGAAGUUAUUAUUAAUGAACACAGCGUCUUUAAGAAAAAAUCUCUCAUAGGCUAUGUUAAAGAUGAAUUAUUGAAAAGGACAGUUUUACGAUUAGGAAGUAAAAUUACAACAUUUGAAUUGGAAGCUUUGCAAGAAAAUGUGGAAGCUAUUUUUAUUUGUGAGUUGGGGAGAGAAAACAAUUCUUUUGAAUUUUCAGGUGAUGGUUCAACAGUUAACGUAAGUGAUGUUGAUCUGUGUAUCCAUAUUUACCGAUUAAAUAGGGAAGGUGCAGUAGCAGAAUCAAUUGGGGGUGAUGAGGGAGAGACAACUGCUGCCACACAUUAUAUGCUUCCAGCUACCAGUUUUCAUGGCCUUUGGGAAUCACUCAUAUUUGAUUCGGAUAUCAAAACUGAUUUGUUGCAGUAUGCAAGGGCUAUGCUAUACCUUUCUAAGUGUGGAGUAAAUUCCCAACUAAUUUCAUGCAACAGGGUAGUUCUACUUCAUGGACCUCCAGGAACUGGAAAAACAUCUUUAUGCAAAGCAUUGGCACAAAAAAUCUCCGUGAGAAUGGCUGAUAUUUAUUCUCAAGCUGUUCUAGUUGAAAUCAAUUCACAUGGACUGUUUUCCAGAUUUUUUUCUGAGAGUGGGAAACUGGUUUCUAGACUGUUUUCAAAGUUUGCUGAAAUGGCUGCAGAUCCUAGGACUCUUGUUUUUAUUCUUGUUGAUGAAGUAGAAUCUUUGGCCCACUCAAGAGCGAGUUUCACGGGUAAUGAACCAUCAGAUGCAAUAAGAGUAGUAAAUGCUCUUUUGACUCACUUGGAUAUGCUAAAAGAGCAUUGCAAUGUAAUGAUACUGACUACAUCAAAUAUAACCGGUGCCAUAGAUAUUGCAUUUGUGGAUAGAGCGGAUAUAAAAGCAUUCAUACCACAGCCUUCUCCAUUUGCAAUAUAUUCUAUUUAUCAUUCCUGCUUGGAAGAACUUUUAAGGGUUGGCGUAAUAAUAGGUACUUGCCCUGAUAAAAUGAAAGAUAGAAAGAAAUUUCUGGAUGUGCAAUCAGAAACUUCGAAACAUUUAGGCAUUGGGAAUACUGAAAUUCCUUUAAUAGAAUUGGCUAGGGAGUCAGAAGGGCUUACCGGUCGGUCAUUGAGAAAGGUUCCUUUAAGAGUGCUUUCAACACAAUUAGUACCUGAAAAAGUGAUUCGAUUAGAAGAAUUUAUUGCAGCAAUGUUAACAGUUGUCAAACAGAUGAAAUCAGAGCAACUUGAAAUCAACAAAAAUAAUCAAUGAAAAUAAUACACAUUUAUUUUUAUAUGAAAAUGAAAAAAAAAAUUAUAAUGUUACCUGAUUCAUAUUUGAGUUACGAAAUUUUUUUUUAGAAAAAAUUGUUUAAUAUUGCUGGGAUUUUCCUCCAGUUGAACAAGACAGGAUUACUUAUUUUAAUUAGAGUUGAUUUACAAUUAAAGUGAUUCAGGGAAUUUUAUUUCUUUUAAUUUAUUUCCGUGCAUCAGAUUUUUAAAUUAUUAUAACAUAAAUUAAUAUUUUGUAUUUCUUUUAAAUGUACUGAUUUGCUGAGUAUAUCUUUUUAAUAUCAAAUUAAUGAAUGUGUUAUGUUAUGAAAAAAAAUGCCAAAUUUCUAGUAACAUUUUGAAAAUUUAAAUUUGUUCAAUGAAAUUUAAUUGAAAGUUUAAUACUACAUACGUUACUAAGUCCUAUCAGUUGUUUUUAUAGAAAAAGUUAUUUGAUAACCUAAUUUAUUAUUUUAGAAAUACCUUACACCUUAAGUUAUGAUAUUAGUGUUUUCUAUUUAAACCUUAUUUAUUUGUUCAGUUUUAUUGCCACUUUAAAAUAUGUUAGGCAAUGUAUGUGUUGUGAUAUUUGAUAUAAAGGAAUAAUUCUAAUAGAAACCGUUCAAAUAAAUUAUUUGUUUGUUAUCAUUAUUACUAUUAUCACCUAUUUCUUUAUUAUCAAAACUGAUAAUUUUAAAAUUUAUUUAAGUUAAGAAGGGUGAAAAAUGGUCAGGAUGUGCAGUAAAAAAAUGCAUGUUUAUUGAGUUUGCCAACUUGAACUUGCCCCAAAACAUGAAUGUCAUCAUGGCAGUUAUUUGUUUGGGUUGAAAUAUAAUUUUUGACUGCACAUUCUGUCCAUUUUUCAUCCUUACAGUUUCAACAGUCAACUAUAUAUCGAUCUCUAAAUUAUUUCAAUUAAAUUUAUUUAAUAAUAACUAUAAAUUUACCAACUUUUAAAAACUAAACAAAAUGCCUUAAAUUGAACUUUGUUAGAUUUAAAAAAGUUUAAUUAUUUUAAACCAGUCUUCAGAUAUAACCAUAUUCAUUUACUGUAAGAUUGGUAUAUCCUUGGAAUAUAAGAAAUUGGUGAAACUAUAGAAUCUAAUCAGAAAAUAAAUACAGAUAGGAUAGCAAAUUAAUAUAAAUAAUUUUAUUUAUAUAUGUUUUAUUCUUUACUUCAUUGUAGAACCAAUUGCCCACUAGGUCAGUGUAGAGGCACAGCCUUCUACAGUGCACCAAUAGUAAAACUGCAUUGGAAAAGCAUACUUGACUUCCACACCACUCAAGUGGACGAAGUCUUUAGGUUAGAAUAUUUGUUUAUCUUUUUUAUUUCUUAGAUGAAUGUUUUAAUUUAGUUAUUUAAAAAUAUAAUUAACUGAUUAUUGCCAAAUGUUUGCUUUCCACAUUUAUAUAAUCCAUACCAGGUUGUUCUAUCUCCUAAAAUAGUUAAGAAAUAUGACUUCACACAAAAGUUAUUAUUGUGAAUGAGAUAUAUUUUGUUCAAGAGAAAUUAUCGGUCGUGCCUCCGCACUCAGCUAGUGGACAACUAACUUAAGAAGUCAUUUAUAUGAAUCUGUCCACCUGGGUGUUUAUGUAAUUAUGUUGAAUAACAGUUAUUAAAUUCACUGUCCAAUGAAAUAUAAAACCUAUUUAAAUAAUUUAGACUUAAUCACUACACCAUUUAUUGAUGUACCUGUCAUAUUUCACCUUGUUCAGGCCCUCAACAGGUACAUUAUGAUUAUUGUGAAGCAUGUUAAUGCCACUGACUAUAACCAUAAUACUAAGCACAUCAAAUAGCGCACAACAGUAGAACCAUCUGUUGGCCAAUGGAGCAGUGAAGAGGUUCUAUUGGUGAAGAGUACUAGAGCCCUACCUGGUGACCUGGGACCAGAGGGGUCAAAGUACAACUGAGCCAGUCUGAGUCUGAGUAAGAGUCUAGAAAAUAGUUUCCAAGACUAUACUUGGUAUGCUCAAGAUGUCUAGCUAGACUAAUACAAUGAAGUGGCCAGGAAGAGGCAGCAUGGAUGUCAGAGAUGCCAGCAGGCCAGAACACACUAUUCCACCCAGAUGUAUUUGCAGAAGCCAGUCCCUUCUGAG